UGAACCGACAGGGGACGGAAACAACAGAGGAGCGUCAAACAGCGCGCUGUGUCAGGGCUCCCGACAAAUAACACACAGACACACAGCGGCAAAAUAUGACAAACUUGACCCACCGACAGCGUGAGGAUGCGCUGAGGAUGCUUUGCUCUUGUCUUCAACCCGCAGUUUAAAUCUGGGCUUCGACAUCUUCCUGUUCUUCCUGAUGUGCGAUAUUUGGUACUAGAACACCAUGUUAGAGCCUCCAGAGCUUAACCAGGACAUUGUGGAAUGGCUAUCCGCCCUCCGCCUUACCCAGUAUACCUCCUCUUUCCAACAAGGAGGGUAUCAAUCUCUGAAAGACUGCAAGGACCUCACAGAUGAGCAUCUCAUGGAGCUGAGCGUUCUUCCAACAGGCCAUCGUAAGCGCAUACUCCGCAGUUUGGAAGCACUCGGGGUGAAGCAGCUUAGUGGGGAAGAGGAAGAUGACGAUGAAGAAGGGGGUACGGCAAACGGAAAGAGCAGGAGGAAGCCGGUGCUCUACCCGAGGCAUAUCUUCCUGAAGGAUAAAAGAAGGGGGACUUCCUGUCAGCACCAACAGCCAAAGGAGAGUGGGGAGGGUGACAUAGAGGGGAGUCAGACUUUGCCUCCAGGAGCAGGACUGGGAACAGAAUUCAAGGGUGUCCAAGAAGGUAGACAUCCUCGCCUGCCUCAACCAGCCCCGAGAAAUCCCCAGAACAUUGGCACAUCCUUUCCAGAGCACACCAAAACCCCCACCGUGGCAUCUUUCAGCAACAGUAGCAGCAGCAGUGAGUCACUCUCCAUUUCUGAAAUGCCCUCUGACUGGGAGAUUUCUCCAGAACACCCUUCGCUGUCCAGCACUGACUCAGUGCCCAGCUCUGCUGAAGCCUCCCACUCAACAUUUACGGAAGAAAUCGGGACUUUUUCGGGUGAAAUGGUGGAGAACUCCAUCUACGAGGCCCAGCCCAGUUUUAAGGCUCCUGGAGGUCCAAAGCACUCUCGGUCAUACCGUCUGAGGCACCGUCCGGUUCCUGAAAUACCAACUCAGAUCAUACCCGAACGCCAAGACAGGAGCGCUCCAUCGGCGCAAACAACCAGCCCUGAACACCUAACCAGCUGCGAGGGUCCCAUCGGUGCAAACGGCAUACAGAGAGCUCCACUUCAAAGAACGUUGACGCUGAUAGCUCCCUACGGAGAAAUGUUCCUGUACAACAACCCUGAAAACACUCCGGAACAAGGCACCAAAGAAGGGCUACAGAAGGGUUUGAAGGACAAAAUAAAAGAGACGAAACAAAGGAGAAAGAUGCCUAAAAAGAAAGACUCCAAGGAAAAAGGGCCCCCUCCUCCUCCUCCUCCUCCAUCUAUCCCAGACCCCUACCAGGACGACUACUCCACAGUGGACGAGUGUGCCAGCAUUUUGCCCCAAGCUGCUUUGGACCCAAGUUUUGUGUUGACCUCUGAGACUCUGGCUGCUCGACCGGCUGGCUCAGGCCCUAAGGACGACUCUUUAAUCAUGGUGGAGUGUGACCUCUACUCUGAGCCCACGGACGCUCUGGGGGAUGUGAGCAGAAACGCUCUGCCUGAUAUUUCUCCAUACGCGUGCUUCUAUGGAGCCCCCAAACACCAGGUGCUCAAAGUGGGCUGGCUGGACAAACUGUCGCCUCAGGGAAAAUGUGUUUUUCAAAGGAGGUGGGUGAGAUUUGAUGGAGAGAGCCUGGCUUACUACAACAACGAAAAGGAGAUGUACUCCAAAGGUAUGAUCCUGGCAACCGCCGUCAGACAGGUGCGAGGACUGGGCGACAACAAGUUCGAGGUGGUCACAUCCCUGCGGACCUUCAUAUUCCGAGCUGAAAGAGAAGGGGAACGCCAGGAGUGGAUGGAAACUCUUCAGUCGUCCACGCGCCCCCCCGCUUGCGGCUCCCAGAAGCGCUCCGACAGCCUCCCCUGCCCCCCCUCCUCUACAAACAAGCGAGGCCUGCUGGAGCUCCGCGGUUACAAAGGCAGAGUGCUGGUGUCCCUGGCGGGGAGUAAAGUCAGGCUCUGCAAAACAGAACAGGACUAUAAAGCAGGCCUUGCUAUUGCUGAGGUGGAACUGACUGCUGCCAAUAUAAGAGAAGUUGACCGCAGGGGCUUUGAAAUCAACACACCCUUCAAAAGCUUUUGCUUCACGGCAGAGUCCGAACGGGAGAAGGAGGAGUGGAUUGAAGCAGUCCAGGAAUCGAUCGCAGAGACACUCUCCGACUAUGAAGUGGCAGAGAAGAUCUGGUUCAACGAGGCCAACAGGAGCUGCGCCGACUGCCGCGCCCCCCAGCCGGAGUGGGCGUCCGUCAAUCUGGGCGUGGUCAUCUGUAAGAAGUGUGCAGGGCAGCACCGCUCUCUUGGCACAAAUAUCUCGAAAGUGCGAAGCUUGAAGUUGGACAGCAGUAUCUGGAGCAAUGCGCUGGUAGAGCUCUUUCUGGAGGUGGGGAACAAGCAUGCUAACACUUUCUGGGCUGCUCACCUUCCACUGGAGGAGGCGCUUUUCAGUGGAGCCUCGACGGAGCAACGUGCCACGUUCGUUCGCAGGAAGUACAGGGAGAGAAAGUACCGGAAGGUCCUGGAGGGAUUCGAUGACCUGGAGCAGCUCAACCAGGCUCUGUGUGAAGCUGUGGUGUUACCUGACAUGCUGAAAACCAUGGAGCUGUUGUUCAGUGGGGCAGAUGUUAUGUGCGCCACUGGGGAUCCAACCUGCUCCACCCCGUAUCUCCUGGCCCAACGUGCUGGACAGAGACUACAGAUGGAGUUCCUGCACCAGAACAAACUCUCAGAUUUCCCCAGACUGGAGCAGUGGUCUGAUAACACCUCGCUGUCAGACGCUUCCCUCUUCAUGGAUGGCUUCCUCUACAUCUCCUCUGGCCCUGUCAAGACAACACCGGACCGCCGUGGAAGAGACGACAUGACGCGUCGUUGGUGCACAUUGGAGGGUGGCUUCCUCAGUUACUAUGAGAGCGAGAAAAGCCCGACGGCCAUCGGCAGGGUGGACGUCACUGAGGUGGUCAGCUUGGCCGUCAGCAACACAGAGACAAUGACUGGAGCUGGCGCCGUGUUUUCCGUGGAGCUGUACCUGCAGACGGAGCGAGCGCUGGUUGUCGGAGCUGAGACGCAGGAAACGCAGCACGACUGGGUCCAGGCGCUAACGAAGUGUUUCGUCCCGUGUAAAGUCGAGGGACUGGCGCAGAGAGACAGCGAGCUGAUUGGCAGGCUGCACUACAAAGAGGGCCACGACCUGUACCACUGGAGGACGGGCUGGUUUAUGCUGGAAGGCUCAACGCUGCACUUCAGCUCGGGAGAUGAGGACGGAGAGGAGGAAGUCCUUCAACUCAAACAGCUGCAGGAGCUCACUGUCUCCAUACAUACGGAGGGCGAGGACAAGAUGCAGGUCCUCCUGAUGGUGGAGGCUGGAAGAACAGUCUACGUCCACGGCUUCAACAAGAUGGACUUUGCACUGUGGCACUCUGCCAUCAGGCAGGCUGCCGGCACAGAUGGCAAGGGCCUCAGCGACCAGCAGCUGACUAAAAAUGGGGUCCCUAUUAUAGUUGACAGCUGCAUUGCUUUUGUCACCCAAUAUGGUUUGUGCCAUGAGGGGGUCUACCAGAGGCCGGGCGACCCUGCUCGAGCCGCCCUGCUCCUGGAGGAGUUCACCCGAGACGCUCGUAACGUGAAGCUGCGGGAGAAGGAGCAUAAGCUGGAGGACGUUACCGACACGCUGAAGAGCUUUUUAUCCGAGGCGGAGGACGCUCUGCUGACCAAGGAGCUCUAUCCAUACUGGGUGUCAGCUCUGGACGAGAAGGACGAGAGACAGAGGGUGAAAAAGUACUCGACUUUCAUCGAGAGUUUGCCAAAGAUAAACAGGUCAACGCUUGAUGCUCUGCUCCAACAUCUGUACAGGGUCCAUCAGUGUUCCCACCUCAACCAGAUGCCAAGCGACAAACUGGCCUCCGUCUUCUCCUCCUGCUUCUUCCAGACCCGAGGACGAACCCCACAGGAGACCAGCGUAGUCCGAGACCUCAUCAGCAACUACAUUACACUCUUCAGUGUCACUGAGGAGCGGCUACAACAGAUGGAGAUAGAGAAUAGUUUCAUCACGCGCUGGAAUGAAAAAAAGGACUCAACAUUUGCUCCUGCUGGGGACUUGAUUUUCGAGGUGUACUUGGAAAAGAGAGAGCCGGAGAACUGCUGUUUGAUCAAGAUGUCUCCCUGCAUGCGGCCGUCUGAGCUCGCAGAAACAACGCUGACCACGAGGAACAUCUCCUUUAACGACGAUGACCUCUGGACCACCUUUGAGGUCAUCGAGAAUGGAGAGUUAGAGAGACCGCUGCACCACAGUGAGAAAAUUCUGGAGCAGGUGUUGGAGUGGAGUAACCUGGACUGCCCCAGCUCUGCUUAUCUUGUUAUAAAGAAGUUUUCAGAGGCCAGAAGGGAGGAGGAUGGGAAAGACCAAAAGCAGUUUAUUAAAGGCGACUAUCUGAAGUUCAGCGAUGGAUCCUCCAAACUGCUGUCGGGGCACAAGUUCCAGGAUAAAUAUGUUGUCCUCCGUGCUGAGAAGCUGCUGCUCUACAGAGAUAUCAAAGGCACUAAAGCCGAGAAAGCGAUCCAGCUACACUCUGUGAAAUGUUACCUCGGCCUGAGGAAGAAGCUCAAACCUCCAACCAGCUGGGGCUUCACCGUCUACACUGAUAAACAACAAUGGCAUUUCUGCUGCGAGAAGAGGGAGGCGCAGGUCAGCUGGGUGACACACAUCAUCAGGAUGAAGCAUGGGUGUGACCUUUUUUCAAAGAGCCUCAACACAAAAGAAGCUGCAGAUCACACAUUCUCCACAGGGGGAGCUGUGACUGAAGGCCAGAAGAGUCCACCUCACAACCACAACUCAAGCAAACAGCUGCCAGACAGGAGGACUUCAGUUGAAGACGUCAAACUGAGGCCAUCCAAGGCCACCACUGUCCCCUCGAAGACGAACAACACGCUUAAGACCCCAGAGGUCCCGCGCGGGAGACCCUCUGUGGAUGUCUGCCAGCCUCAACACUUCCCCUCCAGGUCUCUAUCCAGACGCUCACAGCCCAUGCCCUUACCCCUCCCUCCCCAGAGCGGCUGCAAGACACUCGGCAGGAGGCCCGUCCUGGGCGGCGAGGGCACUAUUCCGUCUAAUCUGCUGAACGAACUCAACUUGGUGCUGAGCAAGACAGGCCGCAGUGCCAAGAGCAAUGAUUGACAGGAAGAGGAGUCAGGAGAAAUAAGAGGUACCUCGAACGGUCAGGCAAACAUUACAGAGCUGAAUAGUGAAGAGAGAUGUUGCGACUGACAAAAAAAAAAAGACCACACAUUGCAGAUCAAGAGAAAGUAAGCAGCUUUCAUAAGAGGAAUUCAUAGCCUGGAGACCGAUUUUGAACUUGGUUAUAUAAAGGGAUGUAGAUGCACAAAGGGGGAAGUGGAAAACAGGUGCAGGAGACACUGGAGAGGUCAUACAGACCUUGACUGGACAGCGCGCUGACCCAAGCACUACAAAGCGUGAUAUACUGUAUAUGCCAGAAUUUGUGACGAGAAUACAUUCAGGGGUCAAACCUCAGAAGUUUUGGUCACCGCUUGCUACUUGCUUUUAAGUUUCCAGGUCCUUUUAAAAAGAAGCUGCUUGGACCACGUCUGAAAAGUGACGUGAUAAGGUAAAUAAACUUGUUUUUUUAUAGCUGUGUAAUGUGGUUGCACAUAUGAAUAUAACAGUAAAGUAAUAAAUCUCAAUAUUUUUGUAAACAUUAGUGGAAAAGUGACUGUAAAUGUGUUUAGAAAAGCAAAGGGACUGACAAAGAUGAUAGAUAGAUAAAGCUGUAUAGAUAAAGGAUGGAAAAUGGCAAGUUUAGUGCAACCUAGUCAUUUAUGUAGCUAAUGAACUCACGUUUUUGUAUGUACAAGAUACGAUUUGAGCUUCUGGUGGGGGAAAAAGUUUCAUACGCACUUAUUUAUUUGCUAUUUUUCAUGUCUUUCUUAUUUUACCCUUUUUUUUUUUUUGUACAGUUUCCAUCAAUGUUUUCACUGUAACCAUUAGCUAGCUACAAUAGCAGGGAUUUUUCAGCAUCAUGCCCCAAUUCCAAUUUGCACUGCCUGUCACCAAAUGUAACUUACAAUGUAAAAUAGAAAGAUAACAAUAAAAAUCAUACUUAACCAUG